AUGGCUACAGCUGAAACAGCGGCGGUAGUAAUCCCGCCAAUCAUAAAGCUGGAUCCUGCCCUUUGGUUUCAUAUGCUCGACUCCACUUUGGAAUUGGCUUCUCCGAAAAUCAUUACUGAAAGCAAGACGAAAUACAAGUACGGCACGCAGGAAAUUCGACGACUUUUAGCUGGUGAAAGCUUAGGUGCUAGGAAGCCCAGCGAAUUGCUUCGUAUCAUGAAAAGGCGAGUCGAAAGCCAUAAAAUCGAUGAUUUCUUGCUGUUUGAACUGUUCAAUGAAGCAAUGCCAGUACCUGUGCAAACUAUUUUGGUUUCCAUUUCAUUGAUUUCUUCGGAAAAGGCAGCAGAUGUAGCUGAUAGAAUUCUGGACAUCAAUUCCACCUCAAUCAGCACUAUUUUUUCCGGAAAUGAACGCAACUCUUCACCUGUGAAGGAGCUUAAAUCAGACAUGGAUUUGCUUCGAAACGAAAUCAAGGAAGUGCGCCAGGAAGUGGGUGACCUCCGUCGUUCUCGCAGUCGAUUUCGGUCUUCUAGCAGUACUCGUCGUGCCCGCUCAAAUUCAGGGGGCUAUAGAUACUGUUGGCAUCACUUAUGA